AUGGUCGAGCUUGCAUGUAUAGGCCAAGCACUUUCAAAUAUUCAUGGACUCUCACUCGAAACUAUUCUGACCUUUGUCACCUUGGCCUCUGCCGUCAAGCAAGACGUGAUAUUAGCUCAACCUGCAACAUAUGAUGUGUCUACACCUCCGGACUUCAUGCCUCCUAGCAUGUCUUUAUUUUUGGGCUCUGCAUGCUCCCUGACACAAGACUUGGUGCGAAUCUGCUGGUCUGUCUUAAAACAUGAUAUCUGGCAAGACAGAUUCACACUGCAGCACAACACCCACUCACUUUUCGAGCAAUUUGGUUAUUGCCAUGGCCUGGCUUACAAGAUGUUCUACCCUCCAUUCAAGAUGUGUACAGAAGCAACUUGUGAACGACGAGCAAAUGGGCUACUUUUGAACAAGGUUGAACAACUCCGAGUUGUGUAUGUGAGUCUGGAACAUGGGACAAUACCUGCCUAUGAUGUUGCAAUGCAAUGCGAACGCUGCAAAAUCACUUAUCACCACAAUUACAAAGUUUGCAACAAGGACCAUAUCUACUAUGACCACAUGGAAGGACUGCCUGACACCAUUCAAGUUGGUACGCACCACUAUGUCGACAUUGCAGUGGGUCAGCUCUGGAAGACGAUGAUGCACGUUGCUUGCACAUCGGCAACUAACUGCGCCCGAAUAUACAACUCUUCAGUCAGUCGUCAAAAUGAGUUUCCCCUUCAGUGGCCUUCAUCUGAGGUCACACUGGACCAUGUUUGGGAUAUUUUCAUAAUCAUCUCUCUUCUUGAGGACUGCCGUCAUCACAAGCACUCCCUCAUCGUCAAACAGACCGGGACUCAAUCAGAGCGGUUCAAUGAUGCCAUGGCACAUCGCAACCAGUGUAUGCAUUCCUUUGGGCAGCCUGAUGCUCGUCAUCACAAAUGCAUCAAGUGUUGCCGUGUAUAUGAAGCUUCUACUGAUGCAGCUGCACAAUUUGUUCGCGUUGUUGUUGAUGGGGUCACAGUCAGCAGACCAUGCUGCUCAGUUCCUUACUGCUUUGAGUCUCUGCGGUCAGUAAACGACUGUUUUUGUCAUUUGCACAUGGCAGAGCACGUGAACCAGUGCGCAAUCAUCAGCUGCACCACCAGUGUCACCCCAGGCAGCAAGACAUGUCAAGACCCCGACCACAAGGCUGUUGAGGCGCUGCACACCUUGCACGGUCAAUCACACUUCCAGCUUCGUGAACGACUUGAGCGGUCUCGUGCCAUCGUGGACAAUCUGUCUCGUGUGGUUCCUAAGAGUGUUGUACCUGUUGAGCUAGAUGGCGAUAUAUUGGACGAGGGCCUGCAAGAAUUCGAGUUUGGAUGCAACCGCACACACUGUGAGGUGCUGAUUGUUGCUCCAUGUGGAAUUAUACAUGACCGACGAACAUUUUACUGUGCCGAAGGUAUCGGCAGUGUUGCAGCAUUCAUCAAAGAAGCCUUUCCAGAUCCACUGACAAGACCAUCACAUAUCUUUUAUGAUAACAACUGCCAUCUUGCUCAGCACGUCAAAGAUGACCCGUUCUUCAGCGAUAUCGGCUUAUCCGUCGACGUCUUUCACUUCAAUUGCAAGCACUCCGAGAAUGACCUCUUUUGCCAAGAAAAUUGCAACCCCAUGGCAUUCCUGGAGCUUACAGUUGAUGGUGAUGGGAAGUGGUACUUCAACUUGUCUGUGUGCGAGCAGACAAACUCGUGGUUUGGGAAGUUCAACUCAAUCACUCGAGGGAUGAAGCCCAUCAAGUUUGACUUCUACCUAGAUGAGGUCAUCCUGUGCAGGAACCGCCUUACAUUAGAGAAGUUGAAGAGGGAGCACCAGAGGCCAUCACAGUGGGAGUCAAUUGAAUCCUCAGAGGGUGUUACAUCAUCCUAG